AUGCCGUUGCCGGGCAGCAGUGGCAGAUCCUUGUCGCAUCAAGAUUUCGUCUACUUUGAUUACUUUCGCAGGACAACUGCUCCCAGUACAGACUCAAUCAUUCCCUCGAACUUCUGGAGUGAAGUCCUGCUGCAGCUUGCUCACACCGAGCCUGCGAUAUGGCAUGCGACAAAUGCUCUAGGUGCCUUGCAUCGAAGAUGGGAACUCGAAUCAGCCGGGAUGGAGGUGGACGGCCUGAUACAUAACGCCACAACACAUUACGGGAAAGCGUUAUCGCUCGCGAAAGACUUAAAUUCCCCUGCGAAGAUCCUCGCGCUAAGCCUCCCCCUAAUUGCCUCUGCGAAUAUGCUCGGCUUCUGGGAUGAGUCCCAUAUACACAUCCUCUCUGCAUUCAAGAUCCUCGCUCAGGAUUCCGGGAGGACACCGGACGCCCAACGGAUGGCUUCCACCCUCACACGCAUGGAUAUUCAGUCACUUACAUUCGGCGACGUUCGUACGCCGUAUCCUUAUGCCGAGGCUGCCGCCCUUCGAAGCAUAAAUCAGGCCAUGAUCAAUACAGACGCUUCGAUCAAGUCCUACUCUCAAGCUUCUUCAACAAUUUUCGCACUAGUACGCCAAGUCACGAUAAACUAUGAAAUCUUCUUCGAUGGCUCCAUUGAUGAAGCUACGUACAACUCCAUGUUCCGUGAGCUACUUGAGAAAACAGAGCAGCUUGAACGCCAAUUGGCUAAGUUCGAGGCUGAAGAUGUGCGAUUGGGGAAUGAAUCCGCAGCGAUCGUCAUUCGGAUUUAUCACUGCUGGCUCAGAACCGUCUUCAAAUGCACGCUCGAUGGCUUAGAAUCACGCUUCGACCGUCAUUUAGGUUUUCUCCAGCGUUUAAUCACUCUGUCAUAUGCGGUGAUGAAACAACAGCACGCACCGACGUCCCUUCAACUUAGUCUUGAGCCGGCCCUGGUAGCGCCGUUAUUUGGCACAGCCAAUAGAUGCAGACACCCCGCGUUGCGACGGCACGGGCUAAAACUUUUGAAAGAGAUGAAUCGGCACGAAGGCAUGUGGAGGAGCGACGGGGCUGCAUUGAUAGUGGAAGAGAUCAUAGCCAUCGAAGAAAAGGGAGAGCGAGGUGGUGGAGCAGGGUAUGAUGAUGAAAUGUUGGCAGGCUGUAAAAACUACUGUGCAUUGCAUGCCGUCCAAGACGAGGCACUCGCUGUGUCGUGGGACGCGUGGUCUUCAGAAGGCUAUGAACCCCCGACCAAUUAUUCUUGGUUAGAGAUCCGCCCUAUCCCUGAGGAGAGACGGGUGAAGGCUGUGAUGGCCGCCUGGAGGUUUGAGUCUCGGGAGAUGGAUAUUGAGUUUAAAAUGAGCUCGCCGAACCCCGAGCAACGGUAUGGGUCUUCCAAUUAUGUGACAAUCAAGGUUUAA